GCGACAACUACAUUUUCACUUUUGUAAACAUGGCGGCGCCCUUGAACUCAGGUAGAAACCCAACAAAUUAACCUGAUGCCAUUAGGAAAUCAGUGUUCAAAAGUUGUUGAAAGAUCGAUAAGGAAUUAGUUGUAAUUCUCCACUGUACAUGGAAACUUUAUCGACAUGAUAUUCAGAGCUCAAGGAAUUUUUCCGUGCAGUCUUGGCCAUGGGAUCAGGCAGUAUUUUUUGCGAACCAUUGCCAGCCAGACAUCAGGCAAAACUAGCCCAGCAGCUGUCUUAUUAGGUGACUCAGUCAAAGUAGAUGGAGUCACUUACCCUACUGACAGUUUGACCAACAUAUCCCCUAGGGUUCUGUCUAAGGUGGGGCAGAAUCUUCACAGAGAGCAUGGCAAUCCUUUAUACCUUAUCCGCAAACGGAUUGAGAACUAUUUCUACAAAAACUUUGUGAAUCGCAGAGGCAACCCAAUUUUUUCCAUCUAUGACAACAUUAGUCCUGUGGUAACACUUGAACAGAACUUUGACAGUCUCCUGGUGCCAGAAGCACAUGUGAGUCGGGCUCCAUCAGAGAGCUACUAUAUCAAUUCUGACUACAUGCUACGAGCACACACAUCGGCACAUCAGCGAGACUUGAUACGGUCAGGACUGAAUGCUUUUCUGGUGAUUGGUGAUGUAUACCGCAGAGAUGCUAUUGAUGCCACACAUUAUCCUGUCUUUCAUCAAGUGGAAGGAGUACGACUUUUCUCCCAAAAUGAGCAGCUGUUUACUAAGGUUCGGGACUCAACAAACCUCAGCAUAUUUGAAACUGAAGGCAAGCGGAUGCCAGACAAACAAGAGGAUCAUAGCAUGGAAGCUGCCAAACUGCUGGAGCACAGUCUGAAGAAUACACUCAUGGGUCUCGCCCUGCACCUUUUUGGAAGAGACACAGAGGCACGAUGGGUGGAUGCCUACUUUCCAUUUACACACCCCUCAUGGGAGUUGGAGAUCAAACACCAGGGAGAAUGGCUUGAAGUUCUUGGCUGUGGUGUAGUGGAGCAGAAAAUUUUGCAGUCAGCUGGAAUUCAAGACCAGGUAGGAUGGGCAUUUGGUUUGGGUUUAGAAAGACUGGCCAUGAAGCUCUACUCCAUUCCUGAUAUUCGUCUGUUUUGGAGCAAAGAUUCUGGAUUUUUAUCCCAGUUUGAUGUUUCUGACCCUGAUACACCCAUUAGAUACAAGCCUAUCAGUGUAUAUCCCCAGUGCAUCAAUGAUAUCUCCUUCUGGUUGCCAGCAUCUACAGACACAGCUUUCUGCGUCAAUGACUUUUAUGAACUUGUGCGUAAUAUUGGUGGUGAUCUUGUGGAGCAAGUUUAUCUCAUUGACGAGUUCUUCCAUCCUAAAAAGCAGCGUGCUAGCCACUGCUACCGCAUUGUUUAUCGUCAUCUAGAACGAACACUGACCCAAGAGGAAGUGAAUGUGAUUCAUGCAAAAAUAGAGGAAGAAGCUAAGAGACUAUUCCGAGUGGAAGUGCGGUGAAUGCAGUGAUGGAGAGAGUGCAUCAUUUGUGAAUAUUUAUUUUGUUACGGUCUUCAUGUUUCAGUUCUCCUGUCUUUAAAGGCAGGCUUGGGUAGAUCUGUAGUGAACAGAUAUAUUCAGGUAAAAGGUGCUGAUGUAUGAUGCUUAAAUGUAUAUUUUGUGCAUGUGAGCACAAAAUAAUAUACAGUUCAACGUAAUUCUCUCAAAAGAGAAAUUCACACAUAGUUUGCUAUCAGAAUGGAAAAUGUAAAUCACAAAUAAUUGUAUACAAAGUAGUAUAUCAAAAUCAGCAUCCAUUCAACUAAAGUGAUAUCAUGGACUUGUAUAAAUCAAUAUGCAACCUGUCUCUGCUGCCACCACAAACAUUUUUCAAUCCAGCAAAAGAACACUAGAUGUAUGUGUUAGUGUGCAAUCCAAAACAGUUCCCAGAGGUCCUUGGUUCCAAAUACAAAAUUUCCAUUCACUUUACCAGCUUGCUCACAAAAUCGCAAUGAAUUAUUUUCCAAGGUGCCUGUUUGGUAUGGUAAUCAUCCUCUUCACCGUCUAACCCCAGAACUAAUGCUGAUAAUAGACUGAUCUUGGCCCAUUCCUGCCUCUCUUCAAAACUCAAAUAUAAAAAACUCUUGGUCAAGUGUCUUCUCAGUUUAACAACACAUGUACACACACAGACACAGAUUUAAGCUUUACAGAAACGUGCCAGUCAAAGUGGCAUGGUAAGUUAAAUGCUUCUGCCAUAUGUAUAGAAUCUGUUUGUGUUUAUUGCCAUAUGUAAAGGUAUUUUAACUAUACUUGCGUUAAAAAAAAAAACCCCGAAACUAUUUGCCCUCUGACUUAUAUAUAUGUGUUGAGCACAUUUUACAAAAUUUAACUAGACUGAUUAAAAACAGCAAAGUGAAUGAUAGAGGGGGUAUGUAUAUAAAGACAAUGCUUUUUUCCCAAAGAUUCAGAGCACUACAAGAUGAAAAGAUAAAUAAAGUGAAUGCCACCUAUACAUUGCAACUGUUUACAUUAAUUCAAGAAAUGGGAAAACAAUCAGCAGAGAUGCCUGUUGAAGGAAAAAAGCAUUGGGUAACUUGCUGAAUGAAUCUCAUUGAAACCGCCUAUACUAAAAAAUCGUGUAGGUAUUAGACAUGUUGUUUUUGUAUGCCAAGUCUUCCCCCUUGCUGCUGACAUGCCUGUUUCCACAGAACUGUGGUAGACUGCACUCGGACAGUCAUGUAGUCGUGGCACAUUGUAUUCAUCAAAGCUUAUCAAGCUCAACUGUUGUUUUUAAACAAGAAUUUUGGGCAUGGGAAAUAUUAUUCUUUUCAAGUAAAGAUCAAGUUUGUCUUCAUCCACAAUAAAUAAUCAACAAUGA